CAGCCUGGCACAGGCCACAGGGGAGAUGGGGUGGACUCAGUUCCUGGGCUUGAUGCUUCUGCAACUGCUGUGGGUGGCUCCAGUGGAGGCUCCAGGGCCUGAGAAAGAGAUCACGGUGGUAUGGGCUCAGGAGGGGGCUCCUGCCCAGCUCCCCUGCAGCCCCACAAUCCCCCUCCAGGAUCCCAGCCUUCUGCGAAGAGGAGGGGUCACCUGGCAGCAUCAACCAGACAGUGGCCCAGCCGCUCUCGCCCCCGCUCGGCGCUGGAACCUCGGCCCUCGCACGGAGGAAGCUCCAGCCCCGCAGCGCUACACUGUGCUGAGUGUGGCCCCCGGAGGCCUGCGCAGCGGGCGGCUCCCCCUGCAGCCGCGUGUGCAGCUGAACGAGCGCGGCCUCCAGCGCGGCGACUUCUCGCUGUGGCUGCGCCCGGCCCUGCGCGCCGACGCCGGCGAGUACCACGCCGCCGUGCGCCUCCUCCGGGACCGCGCGCUCACCUGCCGGCUCCAUCUGCGCGUGGGCCAGGCUUCGAUGACAGCCAGCCCUGCGGGACCUCUCAGGACUUCUGACUGGGUCAUCUUGAACUGCUCCUUCAGCCGCCCAGACCGCCCAGCUUCUGUCCACUGGUUUCGGGGUCCAGGCCACAUCCCUGUGCAGGAGUCCUCCCAUCACCACUCAGCUGAAAGCUUCCUCUUCCUGCCCCAAGUCAGCCCCUUGGACUCUGGGAUCUGGGGCUGCAUCCUCACCUAUAGAGAUGGCUUCAAAGUCUGGAUCACACACAACCUCACUGUUCAGGGUCUGGAACCCCAAACCCCUUUGACAGUAUAUGCUGGAGCAGGGUCCAGGGCAGAGUUACCAUGUCACCUGCCUCCUGGUGUGACAACCCAGUCUUCCCUCAUGGCCAUGUGGGCUCCUCCUGGUGGAGGCCCAGACAUCUUGGUGGCUGGAGACAAUGGCAGCUUCAUCCUUCGACUAGAGGCUGUGAGUCUGGCCCAGGCUGGGACCUAUACCUGCCAGAUUCAUCUACAAGGGAGGCAGCUCAGUGCGAUGGUCACUUUGGCAGUCAUCACAGUGACCACCAAAUUCUCUGGGUUGCCUGGCUCCCCAGGGAGGCUGCUGUGUGAGGUGACCCCUGCAUCUGGACGUGAGCACUUUGUGUGGAGUCCCCUGGACAGGGAAUCCAGAAGGAGUUUCCCAGGACCCUGGCUGGAGAUGCCUGAGGACAAGCUCCUUUCCCAGCCCUGGCAGUGCCAGGUGCAUCAGGGGAAGAGACUUGUUGGAGCAACAAUGUAUAUGCCAGAGUCUAGCCCAGGUGCUCAGCGCGCUGGGAGAGCCCCAAGUGCCUUCAAAGCAGGCCAGCUCCCUCUCUUUCUCAUCUUGACUACUCUUUCAUUGCUUCUUUUGGUGACUGGAGCAUUUGGCUUUCACCUUUGGAAAAGACAGUGGAAACUGAGAAGAUUUUCUGCUUUAGAGAUUGAGAUUCGCCCUCCUCAGGUUGAGAGCAAGAUUGAGGAGGUGGAACAAGAACCAGAGCUGGAGCCAGAGCCAGAACUGGAGCCAGAGCCAGAGCCAGAGCUGGGGCCACUGCCACAACUGGAGCCUGGGCAGCUCUGACCUGAAGCAAA